AUGUUUAGAAAUAGUAUUAGAUUCUUGUCUUUCAAGACAUUACCCACGCCCAAUCCAGACGCAUUGAAAUUUGUAUCGUCAGAAUGUCAAAUAUUACCAAUAUUGAACAAGACGUUCGAGUUUAAUUCAACAUUCCAAGCGAUGCACUCGCCAUUGGCAUUGAAGCUCUUCAAAAUACCCGGAAUUAGAUCUGUUAUGUUGGGAUCUGAUUUCUUGACAGUAAAUAAACAAGAUUAUAUAAAUUGGGCAACGUUAAGGCCGGAAGUGGUAGAAGCGAUGGAUCUGUUCUUAACUGCUAAGAAAGAACCAGUAAUAACAAAGGAGCUUCUCGAACAAAGCGAAAAGGAUAUGGCAAAAGAAAAUGAAAAUGAUCUGGAAUUGGUCUCGAUGAUUAAGGAGUUGAUUGAAACCAAGAUCAGACCUGCCAUACAAGAUGAUGGUGGUGAUAUAGACUACAUGGGUUUUGAUGAGGAAACUGGUAAAGUCUUCCUCAAACUCCAAGGGGCUUGUAAGACUUGCUCUGCGAGUGAGGAUACUUUGAAGAAUGGUAUUGAGUCCAUGUUAAUGCAUUACAUUGAAGAAGUGCAAGAGGUUGUUCAAAUUUUGGACCCAGAGGAAGAAAUAUCACUCAAAGAGUUCGAUAGACUUGAACAAUUAAUCAAGUCCAAAAAGAGCCCUAAAUCCAAUGAGGACAUACCCCCACCUCCAUCAUUAUAA